AUGGUCCUAUCAAUUUGACCUCGUUCCCAGAAUCCUUUCUGAAAUUCCCUUAACCUUACUCCCAGGAUGCUGUUCGGCGUCAAUGACACACUGCAAGCAAGAUGGCUGAUAAACCGGUGCCCAUUGCACAGAGGAGGCUCAUGGAUGUGAAGCUGGGAGAGCUCCCAAACUGGGCUGCUACUCGGGACUUCACUCCCAAUGGAAUCCUGUCUGCUGUACGCAGAGGACAUGACAGAUUCUACAACAAGUACAUCAAUGUGAAGAGGGGGGGCAUCGGUGGUGUUGCCAUGCUGCUCACAGGUUACGUUGUCUUGAGCUACAUCUGGGAGUAUGACCAUAUCAAACAUGACCGCUGGAGGAAGUACCACUAAAGCACUGGAUUUCAAGUAAUUCCACUGGUUCUGAAGCUGGUUCACCUUGGCUACAGCAGUAUAAACACCUUGGCUUGUUAGUGUUCUGUGUUGUCAUGGUCUACGAGGAAAAAUGUGUGACCAAGAAACAAAAUAAAGUAUAUAAUUUAA